CAAGUUCUCAAAACAAUUUUAUCUCAAGACUAUUUGUCCUAUUAACAUACAUCCAUCUAGUUGUACAUUUAGAAAUUCUGAAGUACAUUGAUUUGUACUUAUAACUUAAAAUCUGUGAAAUGUUAAUUUCGGAUAUUGUUAAAGCAUUGUGUGUUUUCUGCAGUAUAUGGACUCUGGGUCUGGCUCAGGGCAUGAUACAAGAUGCUGUGUAUCGCGCAAAGUCUGUGUUCGACCCUAGCUCAUACUCCAUCGAUACCAUUCAAUGUCACGCUGGCUGUGGAGAUGACUAUUACACCUGUUCGAUUAUCAGAUGUGAUUCAAACGUAAAGAGUCUAGCUGAAACAGCAGCAGAAGCAGACGACAAUACUUAUUUCGCCAAGAACCAGCCAUCGUUAUGGUCUCGUUUUCUGUACUUUUUUACCUUCGGUCUUUUAGGAUCCACAUCAUAUGAAGAAGAUACAAUAACUUCAGUGUAUUCUGAGGAGAUGGAUCUAGAUUUAGAAGAAUCGGGAAAAUUGGAUCAACUUUGUAUGAAAAACUGCACGAAAGUGUUUCGUAAAUGUUACCGGAAAUGUAUCUGUGAUGCUAAUCCAGAUGCCAGUGAGUGCAAACCCAUAAUAAAAGUAUUUCCAGAAACAUUUGCUCCCCUACAGAACAAAUUUGGUGGUUUUGUACCUGACCAAAAUAAAAAUGACAAAUUCUAUUCUUUUGAUUGGAGUAAAUUUUUGUGAAAUGCAUUUUUUUUUGUUAAACUCAAAUUCAAAACAAAUGACUGUUGCUGUUAUUUUUGUGAAAGAAUCAAAGAAGUUGUAGUGUCACACAAAAAGUC